GAGGAGCCAAAUACUUGUUCUUAUGCUUCUCUAAAACUUUUGAGCUCAUUAUAAUGUCUUUAUUUUAGGUGAAGACCAGCAGGUGAUGCUGAGUGGAAAAAGAUGUCCAUGGAAAUGAAGAAUGGGACAAAUGUCCAAGAAUUUACCUUGGAGGGCUUUCCUGCUGUCCAGCACCUGGGCAAAAUCCUCUUCCUGGUGCACCUGCUGGCAUACCUGGCGUCCAUUGCAGGCAAUGCAGUCAUAGUCACCACCACCUGUGCUGACUCCAGGCUACGGACACCUAUGUACUUUUUCUUAAGCAUUUUCUCUUUCUUUGAAUGUUGCUUCACAAGUGCUGUUAUUCCUAAGUUGCUGGUCAUCUUUCUUUUCGGCAAGCAAACGAUUUCCUUUGCUGCCUGUUUCAUACAAGCCUUUGUCUUUGUAUUUCUGGGAGCAGCAGGGUUCCUCCUCAUAGCAGUGAUAUCGCUGGAUAGGUACCUGGCCAUUUGCAAGCCUCUUCAUUACACGACCAUCAUGAACCUGAGGACUUGUUGCCUCCUGGUCACAGCCUGCUUUGCUUUGGGCUUCACUCUCAUGGCUUGUCUGGUGGUGAAGGUGUCCCAGUUAUCCUUCUGUGGCCCCCAAGUCAUACCUCACUUCUUCUGUGACCUCGGCCCCCUGAUCCAUCUCUCCUGCUCUGACACCAGGUCAGUUGAAACAUUGCUGUUUGUCCUUGCUUUGUGUGUCCUUUUGACAUCCCUCAUCAUAACCAUCACUGCAUACACCAACAGAGUCAUCACAAUCAUUGGACUCCCAUCAGCCAAAGAGCGACAGAAAGCUUUCUCCACCUGCUCCUCUCACCUCAUUGUCCUCUCUCUGAUGUAUGGCAGCUGUGUCUUUAUAUACAUGAGACCAAAGCAGGUGAACAGGCUGGACUCCAACAAGGCGGCUGCCCUUGUGAACACGGUGGUGACCCCCCUGCUGAACCCUGUCAUCUACACUCUACGGAACAAGCAGGUCCACCAGGCUCUGAGCGAGACCAGGAGCAGAAUGAAAAUAUCAAGAUUAAAAAAAAAAAAAAAAAAAUCACCUAGCCUUGGAGUGGAAGGCUUCUAA